AUAUAAUUAUAAAAUAAGUGUUUUUGAUUUUAAGUUGAAAUUGAUAUGUUUUUGAUUUUUUAUUAUAUGUCUUUCAGUAAGAUGCGAUAGUGCCGUCAUCUUAGAAUCACCCCCACACUUCACUCAUUUGGGCAUCAGGGGCCAAAACCGAGUGUGGAGCCACAGUGUGGCGGGGAGGCAGCAGCAAUAGGAGGGCCUACAGCACCCCCAUGACAAAAUGGAACCCACCGCAGUGUGAGGGACCCGAAAGUGGCACAUGGCAGGUGUGGCGUGGGACAGCAGCAAUGGGAGGCCGUACAGGGACCCCUGACUCACCCGGACCUGGCCCGCAGCAUGAGGGGGCGGGUUUAGGGGCCCAUGAAAGAUUCGGGCCUGGCAGCAGCACGAGGGGAGGCCGUACAAGGACCCAUGACACACUUGAACCCGGGGCAGCAAGAGGAGGGGGGUACAGGGGCCCC